UCCUAACGGACCUUCUUUCCUCGCAGGCGUGAAUGACAGAGGAGGUGCCCCCGACGGCGCUUACCGACGUAAACCUGCGUCUCCUCUGCCACGAUGACAUAGACACAGUGAAACAGCUCUGCGGAGACUGGUUCCCCAUCGAGUACCCUGACUCAUGGUACCGAGAUAUCACUUCCAACAAGAAGUUCUUUUCCCUUGCAGCCACGUAUAGAGGCUCCAUCGUGGGAAUGAUAGUAGCAGAGAUCAAGAGCAGAACAAAAGUGCAUAAAGAGGAUGGAGACAUCCUAGCUUCCAAUUUUCCCGUGGACACUCAAGUUGCUUACAUCCUAAGUCUUGGAGUGGUGAAGGAGUUCAGAAAACAUGGGAUAGGUUCGCUCUUGCUUGAAAGUUUAAAAGAUCAUAUAUCAACAACUGCCCAGGAUCACUGCAAAGCCAUCUAUCUGCAUGUCCUCACCACUAACAACACAGCAAUAAACUUCUACGAAAACAGAGACUUUAAACAGCACCACUAUCUUCCCUAUUAUUAUUCCAUAAGAGGGGUCCUCAAAGAUGGCUUUACCUACGUUCUCUACAUCAACGGCGGACAUCCACCCUGGACAAUCUUUGACUACCUACAGCACAUUGGGUCAACACUAGCCAGCCUGAGCCCCUGUUCAAUCCCACAGAGGAUAUACCGGCAAGCCCAGAGCCUUCUCUGCAGCCUCCUGCCGUGGUCUGGCAUCUCUGCCAAGAGUGGCAUUGAGUACAGCCGCACGAUGUGA